CACUCCAUACUCUACUCUUAACGGAAUUCAACUCUCGUCGUUCACACACACCGUGACGUGUCCACGUAUCGUGGAUUGCUUGGUCGCUAUGAAUAUUGUGCACUCCGGAGCGGGACCGAAGCUUCCCCGAGAGGUGGACGUCAAGCCCGAAAAUCAUGUCAACCUCUACCGCGAAAGUCCUCGCGUGGAAAUGACAAUUGACGAUUUUGAAGUCUACGCCCUGAAGCGUCUCAAGGUACUGCGCAAGAUUGAACAGCUCAAAACAAUGCGUGUUUCGGCGGAGCAGUUCAAUGGAAAAAUUGCCAAAAUGGUCAAACAAGAACUCUCGGAUCCGAGCGUCGACGAAGCGUCUCAUUUUAUCCUACGCCUCUCCUAUUGUCAAACCGACGAUUUGAGGCGCUGGUUCCUGCAACAAGAAACAACUCUCUUCCAACACCGCCUCUCCCACCUCUCCACGGAGCAAUUGGCCAAGUCGGUCAAGGAAUAUGCACAAAUUAAACCCAUUCCUCGAGCGGAGAAGGAGCGCCUGCAAUCUCACCUCAUGCAGCUCAUGAAUCCCGUGGAAUUUGCCAAAUCCCACUUUUACGCCGUCCCCUUCCAGCAAGCCCUCGACCUCGUGGCACAGAGACAGUGCUACCUCAGUCAAGGGAACGCCUAUAUUCCACAAGCCAAGGUCUUGUCCAUCCUCGUGGCCAAAUUUCGGUCCGAACUGUCCCGCUGUCUCGUGCUCAUGGCCAACACCAACACGUUCCGGAACGUCGAAGACCCGGAAGCCGUCCGCAUUUACCCGCUCCUCCAGAACCUCAAUUCCUGUCUGGUGAACGAAGAACCCUCCGGAGAACAGGGCUUGACGGGCAGCACGGGCCUCACGGCAGCCAACGUCGACCGCAUGGCACCGCACAUGCCGCUCUGCAUGCGGCAGCUCCAAGCCGGUCUCCAGCAAGACAAGAAACUCCGCCACUGGGGCCGUCUCCAGUACGGACUCUUUCUGAAAUUCGCUGGCCUGUCGAUGGAAGACGCGCUCACCUUUUUCCAACGCCAUUUUACGUCCGUGACCGGCGAGCAGUUUCAGAAACAGUACGCCUACAACAUUCGUCACAUGUACGGGAAGGAGGGAAAGCGCGCAACGUACACCGCCUACAAUUGUAGCAAAAUUAUUAUGGGCAACGCGCCAUCAACGGGAGAUCACCACGGGUGUCCCUACAAGCACUUUGACGACCAGCAUUUGGAGCAAACUCUGCAGCGUCUGAAGAUCGGAACGGAUGGGGACCGUCGGGCGAUCAUGGCUCUGAAAAAGUCUCAUCAGUAUCAGCUUGCCUGUCAAAAACAUUUUGAAGUAUCGCACGAAAAGGCCAACAGUAUGGAAGUGUCCGUUGACAACGUGGGUAACCAUCCGAAUGCUUGGUUCCGGGCCAGCGUGAAUUAUGCGGAGCGCUUGGCGGAACGCGACGGUACAACUAGCAUGCAAGUAUCUCCCUAA